UCACACAACAAUUCCCUCCCACCACUUUCCUGCAGAGGAAAGAACAUGGCGGUGUCUCGGUUACCACCAGCGGCUCUGAGUCUCAAACAGUUUCUGCAGAGACAGAAGGUGCUGUGUUUGUACAGAGAUCUGCAGCGCACCAUCCGCAGGGUCCCGCACGAGUCUGACCGCAAAUACCUGCGAGACUGGGCCCGAGACGAGUUCAGGAGGAACAAGAGCAACACAGACCAGGAUGCCAUCCGCAUGAUGAUCAGUCAAGCGCACAAUCAUCUGGAGGAGUUGAGGAGAUCUCUGGCUCUGGCUGGAUGCUGAAACUCUGCUGAAAACCCAGACUACAAUGAGGACACACACAUCUGUAUUUAUUUAUCAUGCACACGUUUAUUAAUAAAACCCAGCUUAACAAACUCACUUCAUAUAGACUCUGUGUGUAGUUGCGUCUUUUCAGUACGGCUCCAGUCUAACGCCCCGUCCUGGUGUCCACGUCUGAUUACAUUUACAGAUCAGGUUUAUGUAGAAAGCUUGAAUACUUCUGGUGUUAUUGAUGAUUAUCACACGGCUGUCUGGAAUACUGGAUUCUGAUUGGUCAGUCGUGACAUUACAAAGUAUGUUAUUCCCAGAUAACAACCACUGAAUAACACAGACUCAUCCUGGAACUGAGAAUCACCAUCAGUGAAUAUGUUCACAUCCAUAUACUUACAUCCACACUCAUGUGUGUGCAGUAGGUAGUGCUGUCGCCUCACAGCAAGAAGGUCGCUGGUUCGAACCUCGGCUCAGUUGGCGUUUCUGUGUGGAGUUUGCUUGUUCUCCCUGCCUUAGGUGGGUUUCCUCCGGGUGCUCCGGUUUCCCCCACAGUCCAAACACAUGCGGUACAGGUGAAUUGGGUAGGCUAAAUUGUCCGUAGUGUAUGAGUGUGUGUGUGUGAAUGUGUGUGUGGAUGUUUCCCAGAGAUGGGUUGCGGCUGGAAGGGCAUCCGCUGCGUAAAAAACUUGCUGGAUAAGUUGGCGGUUCAUUCCGCUGUGGCGACCCCGGAUUAAUAAAGGGACUAAGCCGACAAGAAAAUGAAUGAAUGUUAAUUAAUUAACGUAGUCCAUAAAAACAGUUCUGCAUUUCUUAUUUAAACAAUUAGAACAACAUAAAACAGAAAUAUUUUGAUGUUCUGAUAGCGAUUCCUAUGUAGAAGAACCACUUCCUGCCCUCCAUCUGAAUUUCACACAUCAUCAAUGACGUUAUGCAGGGUUUAAUUUGUGCCGGAACACGUCGCACCCGGCUUCGACACCUCUGAAAUCUGAUCUGUCACCUGAUUUUAGCGUUCUCACUCCUCAACCGCCCACUGUUCACUUACACUUUCUCCCGCAAUUCCCCAACCCUCUUCACUUUCGUCCGUGACGCAACACACACCCCUCUGCCAUCCAAAACACCCUCCCCCUCCUCCCUUGCUCUCCACUUUCGUGCGCGUCACCUCUCCAGAUUUGUUCCGGGACCUCGCAAUUCACAAAUUAGGCACUGCCGUUAGGUGAAAACAACCUAUAUAUACUGUUUGUGGCAGGUAGCCAUUGUAAUAAGCGGGAUAAAGUACAUCCAGCCGGUUGUUUUCAUUGUUUUAAUUUGUUAUGACAGUCUGUAUUAUGCUGUUGUUUGUAUAAAAUAUGUAUUUUACAUUAAUAAACACCUGUCACCUUAUGAA